GUCACGCUGCGUCACGACUCGAUGAUAUGGUAAUGAUCACAAGGACAGUUGAAGAGGCCGGAAUUCCACAUUUAUUUUCUGUUUCUGGAGUAUUCCCUCCAGGAUAUGGUGACCCUCGGCAGCUGGCGGUACCGUUACACAGGAACUCGGUGCAGAUAGGGCGGGAUUUUGCUAGAGAUUAGCGCAAGGAAUCGUGCGGAAGGGAUUUCCUAAAGAUGGGGGAGGACUCGGUGGCUGAUCUGUCAGCAACUUUGCUACACAUACUCGCGAACGACAGCCUCUCCAACCUGACCCAGUCCAACUACACCAAUGUGUCCAGCACCACGCCGAAGCCCCCGCCCCCUGCCCCCACCCUCCCGGGGGUGCCAGAAGACGAGGCCUCGGGGCUGGAGCAGUCCAUGAGCAUGACCAUAUUCUUCAUCUGUAUCAUGUUAGCCCUGUGUAUCAUGCUUGUUCACCUUCUCAUCAAGACCAAGUUCCACUAUUUACCAGAAAGUGUGGCUAUUGUGUUCUUGGGUGCUGUUGUAGGGUUAAUAAUCAAACUGAUGAACAAGCUGGAGCUGGGAAACUGGACUAGAGAAGAGGCCUUCCACCCAACCACGUUUUUCCUGGUCAUGUUACCACCAAUCAUCUUUGAGUCAGGGUAUUCUCUUCAUAAGGGUAACUUCUUCCAGAACAUGGGUUCCAUCAUGCUGUUUGCUGUGAUAGGAACCAUCCUGUCCUCCCUGGUCAUCGGUGGGGGCAUCUAUCUGCUGGGGAAGGCUGGUGUGGCCUUUGAGUUGACCCUUGGUGAAAGUUUUGCGUUUGGUUCCCUAAUAUCUGCCAUUGAUCCUGUGGCAACCAUCGCCAUCUUCCAUGCACUCGGUGUGGACCCGAUCCUCAACAUGUUGGUGUUCGGAGAGAGCAUCCUCAAUGAUGCUGUGUCCAUCGUUCUUGCCAAUACUGUGAUCAUGCUGACGAAGCCCUCCAUGGCAGACGUGGACUCCACCACCGCAUUCUUCCUCAUGGUGGGGAACUUCCUCAAGAUGUUCUUUGCCUCGGCAGCCAUCGGGGUUUCGUUUGCCGUCAUCAGCGCCCUGUUACUAAAACACAUAAAUCUGCAGCGGACGCCAUCAUUGGAGUUCAGCAUUAUGAUGAUAUUUGCCUACACGCCAUACGUUUUAGCUGAGGGACUUAAGUUAUCAGGAAUUAUGGCUAUCCUGUUCUGUGGGAUUGUGAUGUCCCACUACACCCACUACAACCUCUCCCCCAUCACACAGAUUACCAUACAGCAGACCUUCAGGACCAUGGCUUUCCUAGCAGAAACCUGUGUGUUUGCCUACCUUGGUCUGGCUAUCUUCAGCUUUAGACACAACUUCAAACCAGCUUUCGUAGUCUGGAGCAUCGUUCUUUGUUUACUUGGUCGUGCUGUCAACAUCUUCCCGCUGUCCUACAUCGUAAACAUCUUCAGAGAUCACAAAAUCACCAAAAAGAUGCAGUUUGUCAUGUGGUUUAGUGGUUUGCGAGGUGCCAUUGCGUACGCGCUGAGUCUCCAUCUGGAGCUGGAGGGUGAGAAGAGACAUGUCAUCAUCACUACUACACUCAUCAUUGUGCUGUUCACCAUCCUCUUCCUAGGGGGCUCUACUAUGCCACUCAUGAAGUUGAUAAAAGUGGACAGCAGACAAAAGGUCACCAAAGAGGUCACGCUCAGUAAAACAGAGGAGUUGGGUGCUGCUAUAGAGUCUGAACACCUGUCAGAGCUCACUGAGGAGGAAUAUGAAGUGAAUUUUGUUAAACCAAACCUGAAGGGUUUCAUGAGGUUAGAUGCCAAGUACCUGGUGCCUUCUCUUACAAGACGGUUCACACACCAGGAGAUGCGUGAAGGUCAGACCCACAUGAAACAGCUGACCAACCAGUGGUACCAGGAGGUCAGAGGUCCCGCCAUAGAGUCUGAUGAGGAGGUCGAGAGCGCAGAGACAGACAGGCUCACAGCGACCACACAGUUUUAACCUCCUUCCUUCUGAGAGAGCAGAUUCACAGCCAUUAAUAUAGAAAGUUUUAAAUUUCUCUCCUCUGAGAGAGCUCUGAAAUCAAUCUCCUCACAUACAUCAUACAGUUUUCAACUUCCCCCUUCUGAAAGGGCACUAAAUCCAACCCUCUCGCAUCCAUCAUACAGUUUAAACCUCUCCCUUCUGAGAGACUGCUGAAACCAAGCUCCUCACAGCCAACACACAUUUUUAACCCAUUCCCUUGCUGGGGACUGACUUACAGAAACUGUCUUACCAGUAACUGUCUCCACACUAAGACAGGCUCACAGCCAUUACACAGUUUCAACUUUCUCCCUACUGUGGUAGACUUUUUGGCCCCCAAUCUGUAUUUAUUGGAAGAGUUUCUAGCAGAAAGAAGGUUGAUUGAGUCUGUGAAAGGGAGACUGUUGUUUUCUUUUGCAAGACUUUGAUUUUCUAUCGGUGUCAACCUAUCAUGUUUACAAUGAAUUGUGUACACAUAAGGCGUCCAAGCGUUAUGUGAUAUUCCAUAUAUGCUGCAAAUAUGCCUUUUUUGCCUUAUACAUGUAUAAUUCAAAUAUCAGUUGUUAGAAAUAGAUUUCAGACCAAAAGGCUGAAUAGUUAAAUAGGUUAUCAAGCCAUCACUGAAUGAAGUGUAUGCGUGCUGCACUUUGAAUAUCUUUCUUCAGAUUGAAGGUUGAUAUGAGAGCCUGUUUUUUGAGGCUUGCUUUUCACAUGCACUCACUUCUUUUGGCUGUGAGUAUUUUGAAUUGCAAAUUGGUAGUUGUUUAAUGAAAUAAGCCAAAGGCUCUCCUGUUAUUUAUUUCCUGUGCUUGUGACAAUCCAAGAUAUCUAAAAAUUGUGUCCAUGACAGCAACAGAAAUAACUUCUAUAUAGUUUAUCGUUUAUCACACUUUUGGAACCACAUUGGCCAUAUUUCUUUUCAAUAGAGUUUUUGUAAUUGUAAAGUGUUUCAUUGUCAUCAUUCUUAUUAUGGGAAUCCAGUCGGGACUAAAUUCACUUUACUUUUUAAUGCCAAAAACAUUGCUAUAAUGUUAUAUAGUACCAAAUUCAAGAUGUUUGUGCGAUUGUUUGGUGUCUAUUGUAUUAUCAAGUUGACAAUUCAAUAUGAUAGUAAAUGGGAAAAGAGAGGGCCAAAAUGGAUUUUGUGGCCAUUGUGAAGAACACAUUCAAAGGAAAGUAGUCUGUAAAUUGUUUGUGUGUGAAUUUGUACAUUAAAUGUGGUGUGCCAAAUACAACAUGUAGCAGUUACUCAAAUAACUCGAUAUGAUUUUUACAAAUAGACGCUUCAGAUAGCAUCCACUGUCUUUUGUCAAUGACACUUAGGAUAUCUUGUUGUCAGUGACAAAGAUAGUGGAUCUAUCUGGAACGUCUGACCGUUUCCAAAAUCAUGGAAAGUUUCUUGAGUAACUACUAUUUGGCAUAUCUUAUCACCUGAAUGU